UCACGCUCAAUUUCAUUAUCAAGCGACAUAUGUUCAUCAAAGAUAGCGAACUAUGCUCGAUGAUCGACUGUGUCGUACGAGUCAAACCGCUCGUAGACCCGAACGAUGACUUCGAAUUCUCGAUCGCUGUAAAGAAGAUAGUAGAGUAUAAACCUUGAAGAAAAAGAAUUAAAAAAAAUAUAUUACUCGUUACGUUUCAGAGACGGUGACUGAGAUACGUGUAAAAAGAGUGGAAAGGUACGGUAUCCUCGAUCAGUAUGUAAGUGAAAGCAAAAAGUCGAGUGACUUGAUCGCUGUAACGAAGACAGUUGAGUAACUUCGGGAAAAAAAAAAGUUAGGUACUCGUCGGCGCGUCGACACGUCGUCUUCCUCCUCCUCCUCGUCGAAGGUUCCUCAAUUCCCGAUGCACACCGCCGACAUUCCGGCUCCGGAUUUAAGGAUCAUCAGAUACGUAUAGGCUGUCGUCAAUUACAUCCAAAGGCGCUAUCACGGUCUGCCUUUCGAUGAGACAAACGCCGUGUAGACGUACGACAAGCACUUCGCGGGCGACAUCGCCUACGGACGAUCGAAAAUCGAACGAGACUACUCCGUCGUGUCCCUCGAUAAUUUCAUGAUGGCCUUUUGAUGGGAAACCUUCGUCGAAUAAUUCCGAUUCAUCGACCGAUGAAACAAUCGAAACAGAGUCGUCAUGAUGAGAACGAUCGACCGGCUUUGCGUCUCCGUACCAACUUCAACGUUCCGGUGUUCGAGACGGCACUCGAGAACUUUAUCGACGAACACGUCGAAAUCGCACUGUUGAAAAUUAUCAACGCGCGAGCAGAUUACUACACGUGGACGAUCGUGCGAGAUCCCAAACGUCCGAUCGAGCGAUCUCUUCAAUUGUCCAACGUCCAGCGACAAUUUCGAGAUAUACGACGGCGUCUACGCACCCGGAGAUCAUCGACGAAGAGAUCUCAUCGAGAAGAGCCAUCCGUCGACGAAACACCGGCGACCAUCGUACCGACGAGCGAGAUCUACAUGGGACUCCGGCGACUUCUCGCUACCAUCAGAGCCUUGUCCACAUCGCGUACUCCGACACCGCUAUCAUCGUCCAGAAGAUAGUCCGCGCAAAUACGUGCUUAUUCAGUGAUUUUUAGAAAUUAAUAUCUCCUAAAGUAUUGGGAAAAUUGCAAAAUGAUAAAGGACUUUUCGACCCAGUUCAGUCCGCUCUACCAACUCACAAGACACGAUCCCGUAAAUCGGGGACACCUAACAUUCUACGUUCGAUUGUUUUAUAAAUUUCGGCAGAAAUACUCCAAAUGACGUCACAUAUGAAUGUCUUUAAAUGGAUUUCCACCAGAAAAAAAGUUUAAUGCCAAGAAUGUUUAAAUAAAGUUAUAUAUCUCGCUUCGCGUGGAAAAUCAUAUCCCCCUAAGCAGGGGAGGAGGUGGGGUGGAUCUCACUUCGCGUGGGAAGUUGCCCCUGAGCAGAGUAACU